AGACGAUGGCUGGUGUGCUGUGCUGUGCUGUAGUUGUACAGGAGGACGGGACAGGACUGGACAUGGGAUCGAGUAGAGCGUCAGUCUAGGUAUUCAUGCAAUGGCGCCUGACUGCGGGAGCGAAUCGGGGGCUUGGGGCGGAGCCUCCGGGCGGCUGACGGAGUGUGCAGUUGCUGCUGCUUUUACAGGGAGUUUGUGAGAGAAGACUGGAGAGGGAGAUUGAUUGAUUGAUUGAUGCUUGAUUGAUUGAUUUGAUUUGAUUGUUUGGUUCGCUUGGUGCCUUUGCAUUGCAGAGAACGUGCCCCGGACGAGCUCUGGGGGACCGUUUGAUUCGAUCUGUUGGGCGGCUACAUGUUUUCUCCCCCUUGUUUUCCGCGUCUCUCCCAUGUGCUGUUCCCCUUGGCGCCCCUGGCCUGCGCCGAUGAAGCCAAUCCGUGGGGUGUGUGACUCAAGACUCCAAAUCACCCCAGCAUGGGCAGAGAGAGGCGCCAAAGGAAACCAGCGCCUAUGCUGUAGCUCAUGCACUGGGGCGUUUUCCCUUGUGCUGGGACUGCAUUCCAGCGUCAUCAUUCACUGCGCGAGGGCUGCGUGGGGAAGCGGGAGAGCAGAGGAGGCGGAAUCGGAGGGGAGGGGGCCCUGCUAGAGAGUGAGAGAGGCUCCGUUUGUUUUGGUUUGUUGUUUACUUGCGAUAGGUUGCGCUGCGGACGGCGCCCAGUCAAGGAUGGACUGACUGGCUGGAUCUUGGGCAUCAUUGGAUUUUGAAUGCUGUUUGACGAUUCCGUGUGAACCGGGCUUUUUUUUUUUCCAUCUUCUUUUUCUUUUUGGAAUCGAUUUUCCUUUUAAACGCCAGCCUCCCCGAUGUUGAAUGGCUGCUAGGUCCGGUCUCUUGCUACUUUGGACGUAGCUGUGCUUGCAUCAACUAACAACUGCAACUCAAUGCAAUAACGGCAUGAAGACGACCAGCCCUCGGCAUUGACGUCCACCAAAGCGAGAUUAAAAAAAAACCAACCAGCAAAGACGGCAUCAUCGAUUUGCAUCACAAACACCCCUCUCAGCUCACAGAGUUUUUUUCCUUCUUCCUUUCCUUCCACGGCCGUUCUCCUGAGCUACGCGCGUUGGACUAAGGACUUGGCGGGGCGGCCGUUCAGGGAUUCGCAGCCCGGGAGAUCUUCACCGACAUUGAGAGACUGGAGGCUUUUUUUUUUUUCCUUUUUUUGCCCAUCAAGCGGCAGGGAAGACUGAUAGUGUUAGUGGGGGGGCUUUAUUUUGGGAAGAAAAGGCAGUGAUAUCUAGUCUGGGCCCUGCUGCUUCUUUUGUUGUUCUUUUCUUCUUCUCUCAGACAUUGAGAAAGAAGCGACUAUUCGAUUCCAGUACUGCGGUAUACGAUUCAGCUCUGUGUACCUACAGCAAAACAAAACACACGAUACCAACGCAAAGAUGAGUUCGCCCGCCGGCCUGCCGCUGGAUGCGACCAUCACCAUUGUCAACAACUCGGGCAAGCUCAUCAGCACUGGCAAGCAGCUGCUCUCCAUAUGGAAGACGGCCCAGACGUCGUAUAGGGAAAAGAAGACGGAGCUCAGCGAAGGGCGGGCUCAGGAGCGAGCGGCUGAAAAGGCACCGCCGGUCCCCGUCAAGCGCGCGCAGACAUUCGACACCACGCGCAGCAUCCCGCGCCGGCAGUAUGACGAGCUCAGCGUGGCCAGCUCGGCGCGCACGUACAGGAGCUCCAUUGCCAAGAAGCAGCUGCCGCCGGUGCCCAACCAGCUCGCCCUGACCGAGGGCAACCUGGAGCGGCUGUCCGAGGUGUCGAGCGUUGCGCCGUCAAAGCUGCCGUCGGCGUACGGAGGCAACAUCAACAUCAACAAUAAUAAUGCCAUGGUUGUCAAGGGCAGCUUCUCGCGCGUCGACCCGCCCAUGGCCCUGCAAAAGGUGCAGCCGCGCAUGGUCGGCCGCACGCGCUCCGACACCGAGAUUGAGGCCCAGAAGCGAUUCAGCAUGGGUAGCGACCUGCACCUGGCGUAUGGCGACAUCCCCCCCGAUCUGGCGGACAGAGUCGACCUGGACAAGCACACGGCCUACUCGGAUGAGCCGACGCUGUAUGACGAGGAGCAGCAGCUGCAGCACAUCGAGGGCGAGCGCGAGCAGGCCGAGCAGCUGAUCCACAAGAUUGAGAACCUGCUGGACGAGGCGUCGUGCGCGCAGCACUCGGCGACGGCCAUCAUCACGCACCUCCAGGAGCGCCCUGAUGCGGCGGCGGCGGUUGCGCUGACGCUGGCGGAGCUGUCGGGCAUCAUCAUGAAGUUGUCGCCGGGCUUUGCGGCGAUUCUCAAGGGAAGCUCGCCUGCGAUUUUCGCGCUGCUCGCGUCGCCCCAAUUCCUCAUUGGCACGGGCAUCGCCGUGGGCGUCACGGUCGUCAUGUUUGGCGGGUGGAAGAUUGUGCAGAGGAUUGCGCAAGGCGGUGGUGCCAAGAAGUCCAUGGCGUACGAGGCCGCUGCUGCGCCGGCGCCGCUGCCGCAGAUUGACAACGGCGUCGACGAGGCCAUUGUGCUGGAGACGGUCGAGGUGGACAUAAGCUCCAUUGAUACGUGGAGGCGCGGCAUCACGACGGAAUUCGAGGCUGCUGAUAUAGAGCUGAUGACGCCCGAUGCGGAUCGCGCGGUGAGGGAGCGACGGGCUUCUGGCGUUCCGGACGACUACUUUGGCUCAAAGUCGAGGAAGAGCUCCAAGACGCAGCACAGGUCCAAGACGCACUCGUCUUCACAUUCGUCUUCGUCGCCCAAGUCGUCGUCGCACAAGUCCAAGGAUUCGUCGGACAAGAAGAGCAGCAGCGGCAGAAGAAAGAGCGAUGAUUCCAACGCCUCUGGCGGCUCUUUGAGUCUGUUUAAGCGGUCUCUCUCUGGCAAGAAGAAGGACGAGGGCAGCGUCAAGGGCAGCGUCAAGAAUGAGGAGAUGACUGUCAAGGCGAAUAUGAAGAAGAAUAACAAUAUGCUCAAGGCCUUGUUUAAGAGCAAGGGGCACAGACAGAGCAUUGCUACCUAAAUUGCUCUGGGGACUGACGACUGAUUAUUUUGGGAUUUUGUUGCUUUUUUUUUUUUUUUUUUAUGUUUGGAUGAUAUUUGGUUGAGCUGAGAAUUGAGUUCAAAAUGAGCAAGCGAGCAAUCAGUGCAUUUUUUGGGGGGAAACACGCAUAUAUGGAUUUUAAGAAGAGACAUUUUCAACAACAGAUUAUAAUUCUCCGACAGGGGGAUAACAUGUUUUGCACGAGGAGGAGCCAUUUCAUACUGGCCAUGCUUACUAUCAAAUUUCUUUUUUUUUCUUUCUUUUUUUCGGACGUUUGGGAGUUUUUUGGUGUUUGGGCUUUGUUUCAUUUUUUUUUUUCAUCUCGAAUCAAUUAUAGAAAAAAUAUGGCCGCCAGAGAAUGAAUGGCCUGUUUGGGUAUGCGGCCGAGGAGCAUCUAGUACACUCUUGUUUUCUUUGCGUAUAUAUAUGGCUACUUGAGGCUGGCAUAGCAAAACGAUUGUCAUGCAAAUGACUACUUCUUUUAAAUCUCAGAAACUGUCUAAGUCUAUGGAUGUGAAUGCAACUUUAUCAUCUUCAAUCUCUGACUCCAUGAAUGUGAAUGCAACUUUAUCAUCUUCCAACAUAUAGUCAACACCAUGAUACAUCACAGCUCUCCUCUGUCCAGCUCAUCCACCUUCAAUGGCCUCACCAUCACCACCUCCGUCCUCUCCAUCCCCCCACCCCUAUAAGAAUACGAAAACUGCCACCCACUCGCCGCAGCCGCAUGCUCCCCCCCUUUAUCCACCACCACAAUCCCCGUCUUCGCAUCCGGAUACUUUGCCAGGAUCCUCCUCACGGCAUCCUCGGCGGCUUCCUGGGGACUAUAUCCGCGCCGCAGGCUCUCCACGGCCUGGUAGCAGGGGAGGAAGCGCAUCAUGACGUCGCCGUCGCCGGUGGCGCCGCAGCCGCCGACGGUGGAGUCGACGUAGGAGCCGCUGCCGGGGAUGGGGCCGUCGCCGACGCGGCCGGGGAUUUUGUGGGAGGCGCCGUUUGUGGUUGUGCAGGCGGCCAUGGAGGAGGCGUGGAGGGCGAUGAGGGAGAGGGUGUCGUGGGAGGAGUUUUGAGCGUGAGAGUGAGCGUGAGAGUUGGAGUGAGAGUGAGAGCGAGCUUGUGAGUUUGAUGAUGAGGUUGUUGAGAUACUGGAGAGUGAUAGUGGCGAGUACGGCCCGCAAGAGGACAAAGGGUCUGGCUGGACGUUGACUCUGUAGUUUGGCUGGCAGUGGCCCUUGCGCCAUCCAUAGCACGUCUUGAGCGAAUCUUGUGUUGCCAGACUCUCCUCUUCAAAGCCAUUCUCGACAGCAAACUGCGUUGCUUGUUCGCCAGCCAGCAGCGUGUGCUGCGUGUAAUUAAGCACAUGCCUCGCCACCCCGACAGCAUCCUUGACGCGGCGCAAGUUGGCCACUGCCCCGGCAUUCAGCGUCUCGCCGUCCAUGAUGAGGGCGUCGAGCGUCGUCUCGCAGGACUCGUCGGGGGAGCCGCCGAAGCCGACGGUGUGGUCGCAUUGGUUGUUUUGGCAUGCCUGGCAGCCGGCCUGGACGGCGUCGAGGGCGUUGGAGGAGUUGGCGAGGGAGAGGAAGGCGGCGUCGGUGGCGGAGGUGAAGGGGCCGGACCAGGUGUUGACUAUGAGGGGGGGAGAGGAGAGGAUGGCGUUGACUGUGAGAGUGAGAGUGAGGGUUGCGAGGAGGCUGGAUGAGAGGGAGAUGAGAGGAGGCAUGGUGUUGAUGGUGUUGAUGCCCAAGCUGUCACUCUCAGUGUAGCUCGAUGGCGUGAUGAUUGAGUGUUAUUUACAUGUCUGCAUGCUUUAUGCGAAAUGGAAUGAAUUUGAUUCUUGAUUGUCAUGAAUGACCCAUAUUGAUUUUGCCCAUUCUCUGUAUACACAUGAAGCCAUCGCCAAGUUACACGUGCUUGUACCUGCCUCGGCGGCUGCUCCUCGCCCGACCAAUAAUGCGCCGUUGUCUCAUAUUAUGCAUCAAACCAGCUUCAUCUCCGAGGCUAAUGCCCGCACGUCGGCUGAUCCUAUGCACGAAGCGGGGAUGCCCCUCAACUCCGCGAUCCUUCCACUCCUUCUCUUCUCUUCUCCUUUUAAAUCUCGUAUCCAAAGAUUUUCUUCUGUUCGUGCUGUAAAUACUACAUGCAGCUUAUAUAGUUGAGCUCCUCGCUAGAUAGAAUAAUUCCAUAGACGCUGCAACCAUUACAUGCUAUAAAAUGGCGGCAGUGUCCUCUUCCCGUGUGCGUGAUCCGGACGCUGUGGCUGCCGUGCGCGAGUUCUUGCAGGGUGCCGUUGCGCUCUACCGCGAUGUGCUCGCUGUCUAUCACGAUGGUGACACUUCCGGUGCUGAAAGCAGUGCUGUCUUGCCGGGUGAAGUCUUGAGCGCUCAUCAUGCUCGGCUGAGAGAUUCUGUCCAGGCGCUCGCAAGUGUUCAGCCUGUUGCCGCUCCUGAUGUGCCUCAUCCUCUGACUACCGUGCCGGGAGCCUGUUGCAAAGUUGGACAGGACCUUGUGUUGCAUCUUGAUAGAGCCAUCAGCCCAGGCCAUAAAUCUCAGCCUGGAUCCAGCUUUCGUGACAUGUGGCCCGCUCGCGACGUUGCUGCACUGGGAAAUCGGCUUCAACAUUUGAGCCAGCAAUUUCACGAUGAUGUUGAUCACACCUAUGAGUAAGUUGUCGAUGCAUGUAUUCAUCGUUGAUAGAAGGCGCUCAAGCUAACGAGUCCCAGGGUUCGCCGGCUGCCACUCCUCGAGUUCGUCGCGUCUGGCGAGCAAAAAGACGUUUGGGGCGACA